AUGAAAAAGAAGAUGGAUGUUGAAUUUAGAGGUACAGUAGACCCUGCUAGAAACCGCUACCCUUACUGCAUAGUAUGGACACCUCUCCCGAUCAUUACCUGGAUUUUUCCAUUCAUUGGUCAUAUGGGCAUUUGUACUUCUGCUGGUGUUAUAAGAGACUUUGCAGGACCUUACUAUGUCUCAGAAGAUGAAAUGGGAUUUGGAAAUCCAACCAUGUAUUGGCAAAUGUCCCCAAGUACUGCUGAGUUAUCUUCUUGGGAUAGUGCUGUACACCAAGCAUCAGAGGAAUAUUCUAAAAGAAUGCAUAAUCUAUUUUGUGACAACUGUCACUCACAUGUUGCUAGAGCAUUAAAUCUUAUGCAAUAUAACAAAUCAACUUCUUGGAAUAUGUACAAAUUGGGUUUUCUCAUGGUCAUCAAAGGAAAGUUUGUUGGUGUUUCUGGAUUUUUAAAGACAUGGCUACCAUUUAUUGUACUUUGUAUAUUGGUGCUGAUUGUCGUUACUAUAGCAACAGUAGUUAGCAAGACAACUACGUAA